GUAGAAGCAAGAGAAGUGUGGUGGGUUUUUUUUUCUCUUUGACGUCCCGUCAUCUCUGCUCCCCCUUGCACCCUCUUAUGCACCUUGGCAACCUGGCAAUGGCAACGCAACGCAACGCACACUCUUUUUUUCCCCUUCACAGUGAGACAUUGCAUAUGUGAUAGAACAACGUACAGUAUGUGGGCUUAGUAAACGUAAGGGGGCGAGCAUAUGGGUGAGCAAAUGGGUGGGGAAAAAAACAAGGGCGAGCUUUGGCUUGGGCGAGGCACAGCAAAAAGGCCAAGGGACGGGCUCAUUGUGGUGACAGCAAGAACGACAGGCAUGCAAGGCAUGACAGGGAGGAGAAAAAAAAAGAUGAGAAUUACCCUUACCACCGAGGAGAGGGGAAUUGUUCUAGUUGUGGGAAGGAUCUUCCUCGAGCCCCCUUUAGACAUAUAACCGUUGUAUUAUUCUGACUCUGUUUUUCUUGUUUCCACUAUUUUAUUUAUUUUGUUCCUGCUUUUUUGGAACGUAUUGAACAAUCUGAUGGUCUAGGUCUAAUUAUAGUCCCAUCGGAGAGAGGAGGACAAGUUCAUUCUUAUAUUGCUCUUGUCUGCUUUUCAUUUGCUCCUCCUCCUGCCUUUUGGAUUGUCUUUCUCUUCUUUUAGGUCAGGGUCUACCUCCUUUCUCUCCUUUGGACAACUCCGAUCCCACGGGACAAAAGGAAAAAAAAAACAAGACCAGCACAAACCAUGUCGACCCCAAACAGCACCGACGGCACGGCCGAGCCAAAGUAUGAGCCCAUCAGGAUAGAAAACGGCGACCAGAUCGGAAUGCUGGUGGUGUCCAUCUUUUGCAUGGUGGUGCCGACGGUCACGGUCAUCAUGCGCUUCAUGGCCCGGGCGCGGGUGGCACGCGACUCCCGCUUCAGCAUGAGCGACUGGCUGCUCAUCCCCUGCCUGGUGGCGCUGUACGGGCUCAGCAUCGCAAACUUCCUCAUGGUCUUUGAGGGCGGCUUCACCUACGACCAGUCCACCAUCCCGACCCGCUUCGGCCCCGACACCCUCGUCGCUUUCCUCAAGUGCAUGGCCGCCUGGCCCAUCAUCUGGAACUGCGCCAUCUUCACCUCCAAGCUGUCCGUCCUGCUCAUGUACAGCAUGCUGAUGCCCGUCCGCAACAUGGUCCUGGCCGUCCGCUGCUGCGCCGUCUUCCUGGCGCUCUACAACCUCAGCGGCAUCAUUGCCGGCUUCACCAUCUGCCAGCCCUUCAGCAAGAACUGGGACGUGUCGGGCCAGGAGCCUGGCCACUGCGGAGACGUCAGGCUGUUUUACCAGUGGCUGAGCGGAAUCAACGUCUUUUGCGACCUGCUCCUCUUCUUGCUGCCCAUGCCUGUCCUCUACACGCUCAAGCUGGCCCCGAGGAAGAAGAUUGUUCUCGCGGCGCUCUUGUGUGUUGGUGUUUUGACUGUCAUCAUCACAAUCUACCGCCAAACCCUCCUGACCAACAUGGACAACACCAACGUGACCGGAACCACCCUCUUCGCCUUCCUCUUCUCCAACCUCGAGAUCGCCUUCGCCGUGAUCCUAGCCUGCGUGCCCCUCCUCCGCCCCCUGUUCCGCGGCACCUUUGGCGGCGGCAGCAGCAACAACAGCAACCCACGCGGCACCGGCAGCAACACCCUCGUGCCGCCCACCAUCGGCGGCGGCGGCGGUGGCAUGAGCGGCGGCCGCAAGUCCAAGCCGGCCAGCCGGGGCUUCGCCGAGCUGGACGACGACGACGCCGAUUCUGCGGGCAGCAAGGUCGAGCUGCAGACGUACGGGAACAAGAAGAACGCCAGCGUCUCCAUGGGCGAUAGGGGCUCCAUCGGCGGUGGCAGGGGCGGUGGCAUCAUGGUAGAGACGAGGUGGGAGGUUGAGAGUCACGAGAUUGCGAGAGAUAACGGGCAUGCCAUGCACAAGGUUGUCAGUCCCGUAUAAAAAGUAAAAGGGGGUGGAAUUUGGUUUUCUUUUUCGUAUAAAGUCUUUUUUACUUUUCUUUGUACUAUAAUUACUACAUAUUGUGUAUUUUCUAGGCUGGAUAUACUCUGUAGAUAGCAAAAUGGCGCUAGGGGGCACAUAAAAAGUGGUCGGUGGGUUUCCAGGUACCUAUGGACAUGGUCAUUUUGCUUAUAAGCAAACAUGAAUAUGAUACAAUACAUAUAGAUACUAGACUAUUUCGAGUAUUGUUUCUACUUGACAGUCAUCCUGCUACCGACCCCAAAGCCCCAAUUUCAACCAAGCUAG